AUGAGGAUUCGAAUACGUGGGCCAUCUGGUCAGUUCACUGUCGUUUUAUCAGAAGAUGCAACUUCUGGGGACCUUCGAAACGAAAUAGUCGACAAGACGGGAUUGACCGCAUAUGACGUGAAAUAUGGCUAUCCACCGAAGCCGUUGUCGCUAGACCGCACAGAAAGAUAUCAGAAGCUUACGGAGCUUGGUGUUCAAUUGGACCGGGAACAACUCAUCAUUACUGCCAAAGAUAGUCUUGAGACCGAGCCGCCCGCUGGAAAGCAGGAUGCUUCUACUACUACUAGUAGUACUAUUCGACGACCCUCUCCGAAAUCCUCUUUAUCACGCAAACAAAACCCUGUUGCCGAAGAUACACCUAAAGUCCCCUCGCUAGAGCAUGACGGUAUAUUUGUCCUACGAGUGAUGCCCGAUGACAACUCGUGUCUAUUCCGCGCAAUAAGCACUGCACUCCUACCAGGUGCGGACACUAUGGUUGAACUCCGAUCAACUGUGGCCGAAACAAUCCAGAGUAACCCUGAUGUAUACUCCUCCGCGAUUCUGGAACAACCGCGAGAUGACUAUUGUCGCUGGAUUAGAGAUGAGUCUUCGUGGGGCGGGGCAAUUGAAAUGAGUAUCUUGAGCAAGCAUUUUGACAUUGAGAUCUGCUCGGUCGACCUGGGGAAUCUCCGUAUAGACCACUUCAAUGAGGGUCAGAAUAAACGGUGCUUUCUAGUCUACUCGGGAAUUCACUACGACACCAUUGCACUGUCUCCUGGUGAUAAUGCCUCACCGGAAUUUGACACAACAGUGUUUGAUGCAUCAGAUUCCUUGGUGCCGGAAAAGGCAUUGGCCCUUUGCAGGAUGCUGCAGGAAAGGAAUUAUUAUACUGAUGUGGCUGCAUUCCGUCUCUAUUGUAAUACCUGCGGUGCUAUACUGACAGGCGAAAGGGGUGCGAAAGAGCAUACUUCGCGAACUGGACACACGGAUUUUAGCCAGGUGGCUUAA